GCAGAUCUGAGGUUUGAGAUAUGACGAGUUCAGAGGUUUCAGUGAAAGUUAAUCAUCACGGAGGAGGAGGAGGAGGAGGAGGGCAAAAUUGUAAUUUAAAACGUGUUGUUAAUGAAGAAGAAGAGGCUAUCUAUAGAGAGCUUUGGCAGGCUUGUGCUGGUCCGCUCGUGACGGUGCCUCGACAAGGUGAUAGAGUCUUCUACUUCCCUCAGGGACACAUUGAACAGGUGGAGGCAUCGACAAACCAGGCUGCAGAACAGCAGAUGCCUCUUUACGAUCUUCCUUCUAAGAUUCUUUGUAGAGUCAUUAAUGUUGAUUUAAAGGCAGAGGUAGACAAUGACGAAGUUUAUGCGCAGAUUAUGCUUCUUCCAGAGCGUAAUGAAGAUGAGAAUGCAAUUGAGGAAGAGGAGCCUCCUCCUCCACCACCGAGGUUUCAUGUACACUCGUUCUGCAAAACCGUGACUGCGUCUGAUACAAGUACACAUGGUGGAUUUUCUGUGCUUAGGCGGCAUGCGGAGGAAUGUCUCCCACAUCUGGAUAUGUCAGGUCAGCCUCCUACUCAGGAGUUAGUUGCAAAAGAUUUGCAUGGUAAUGAGUGGCAUUUCAAGCAUAUUUUCCGAGGUCAACCACGAAGACAUUUGCUUCAGAGUGGAUGGAGUGCGUUUGUUAGCGCCAAGAAUCUGGUUGCUGGCGAUGCAUUUAUCUUUCUAAGGGGUGAGAAUGGAGAGUUACGUGUGGGUGUAAGGCAUGCAAUGAGACAUCAGGGCAAUGUGCCAUCAUCUGUUAUAUCAAGCCACAGCAUGCAUCUUGGAGUAUUGGCCACCGCGUCGCAUGCUAUUUUAUCAGGAACCAUGUUUACAGUCCACUAUAAACCAAGGUUUUGUUUUGUUCUAGCUAACAUGACAGCUUUGAGGACAAGUCCAUCCGAGUUUAUUGUCCCGUUUCAUCAGUAUAUGAAGUCUGUGAAAAAUAACUACUCCAUAGGCAUGAGGUUUAAAAUGAGAUUUGAAGGUGAAGAGGCUCCUGAGCAGAGAUUUACUGGCACAAUUGUUGGGAUUGAAGACUCUGACCCCACGAGGUGGGCAAAUUCAAAGUGGAGAUCCCUCAAGGUAAGAUGGGAUGAGACUUGUAGUAUUCCUCGCCCUGAAAGAGUAUCUCCGUGGAAGAUAGAGCCAGCUCUUGCUUCUCCCGCUUUGAAUCCUGUCCCCAUGACCAGGCCUAAGAGGCCCAGAUCGAAUAUGGCUCCUCCUUCAUGCCCUAACAAUCCUAUGCACAUAAAAGAAGGCUCAUCUAAGGUGAACUUGUACCCUUUACCGACAAGUGGACUUUCAAGAAGGGUCUUGCAAGGUCAAGAAUACUCGUCCUUGAGAACAAAACAUGCUGAGAGUGUAGAGUGCGAUGCUCCUGAGAGUUCUGUUGUGUGGCAAUCCUCAGCGGAUGAUGACAAGGUUGAUGUGGAUUCCAGAAGAUAUGAGAACUGGAUGUCCUCAGGUAAGAAAGCAAAUUACACGGAUUUGCUUUCUGGCUUUGGGGCAAACGUGGAUCCAUCUUACUGUCGUUACAUACCUUUUCAUGACUAUUCAUCAUCACCCUCAGCGGCUGCAAAGAAAAACCUCAGUGAUCAGGAUGGCAAGUUUGAUUAUCUUGCUAGCCAGUGGCAGAUGAUGAACUCUGGUCUUCCCAUGAAGUUAAAUGAAUCUCCUAAUAUCCCUUCAGCAUCUGAUGUCUCGUUCCAAGGGCAAGGUAAUGCCAAAUAUGGCGAUUAUCCGGUGCUUCAAGCUGCUGGUGGUAACUGGCCAAUACGUCCCUGUGCUUUGAAUUAUUUCGAGGGAGCGCUUCAUGCUCAGACGCAAGCUCAGGCUAGGGAGCAUGUAACAAAACAACCUGUGAUGGUACAAGAGGAGACGGCAAAGACAGGAGAUGGGAACUGCAGGCUGUUUGGUAUUCCUCUUGUCAACAACGUGAAUGAGACCGUUUCAACAAUGUCUCAGAAAAACAACUUGAAUGAGACCUCAGGGUUUACACAGAUGGCAUCUCCGAAGGUUCAGGAUCUUUCUGAUCAUUCAAAAGGGUCAAAAUCGACAAAUGAUCAUCGUGAGCAGAGCAAACCAUCCCUGGCUAAUCAUCAUCCUCAUCCAAAGGACGGUCCUAGUAAAACAAACUCAAGUAGGAGCUGCACAAAGGUUCACAAGCAAGGGAUUGCACUUGGCAGGUCAGUGGAUCUCUCAAAGUUCCAGAACUACAAGGAGUUAAUAGCUGAGUUGGAUAUGCUGUUUGAGUUCAAUGGAGAGUUGAUGGCUCCUAAGAAAGAUUGGCUGAUAAUUUACACAGAUGAUGAGGAUGAUAUGAUGCUUGUAGGAGACGAUCCUUGGCAGGAGUUUUGUGGCAUGGUUCGCAAGAUCUUCAUAUACACGAAAGAGGUAGUCAUGAAGAUGAAUCCAGGAACUAUAAGCUGUAGGAGUGAGGAAGAUGCAAAAGAUGCGAAGUCUGCUUCCAAUCCUUCAUUGUCCAGCGAACUCUUGAACCAAAAGAACCAACACACCCUACAAGCCCAGGGAGAUGUAGAACCCAAACCAGGAGGAGGGUUUGAUGGUGGAGCCUGGAGAGCUAAAAAGGGGAUUAUGGGGGGGUAUAAGAUAUGA